UGCCACUUUGUCCGUAUCUCUGUUCAAUGAGUCGUCAGGGAUGCGAGGGUAUCAUGAAAAAAUGGGGUUUUGAUUGGAUAAAAUCAAUGCGGUGUCUUGACCUCGACUUUGAGGCACAUGACGAAUGUCUUGGAGCUAAUGGUGUAGAGAAAGUAGAGCUGUUUAUUAGAUUACAAGAUGGACCAGAUUCUUCGAAAUCCAAAGGACGUGUUGAGGUCUCUAAAGACAAUGUCACAUGGGGGACUGUUUGUGACGAUUUCUGGGAUAAUGAUGCAGCAACUGUCGUCUGCAAGCAGUUGGGGUUCCGAUGGGGUAUAGCACACUCACUGUCUCAUUUUGGUCCGGGAGCACCAGGGCAGCCCAUUUAUUUUGAUGAGGUUGUCUGUGAUGGCGAUGAAAAGUCUCUGUUAGACUGCAACUCCAAUAGCUGGGGAACCCACAACUGUAAUCACCAGGAGGAUGCGAGUGUCUCUUGUUACAAUGUCACAGCACGUUUAAAUUAUGCACUGGAUCAGAAAAAUGUUGGGACCGUUGAAAUCAGUGGAAGCAAGGGCUGGUCUCUGGUGUGCGAUGAAGGCUGGGAUGAUAAGGAUGCCGAUGUCUUGUGUAGGGAGCUGGGAUUUGUCUCCGGAUUCGCCAUGACCAAGGCUGAAAUGUAUAUGGUAGACGAGUCGUCCUUUACAGAUGCCUAUUGGAAAUUUAACUGCACUGGGAAGGAAAGCAGUCUGGCCAAUUGUUCCAAGGUGGAUUACUGGCAAGGUCAUUGUAACAGUGAUAGCUUAGCUGCAGCUGUUUGUCACAACAAGGAAAAAGACAAGGUCAAUCGAACUGUUGACUUGCGAUUAGUGGAUGGAGGGGAGAAAUGGGGUCGCAUUGAGAUUCGCUACCAGGAAGUUUGGGGACAUAUUUGUGAUCACACCUGGACAGACUCUUCAGCAGAUGUUGCUUGUAGACAACUUGGCUUUAAGGGUGGGAUAGCAUAUGGAACUUACAACACACCCAGCAAAGUAGCAUGGAUCUCCUAUCUCAAAUGUACUGGGAAAGAAAAAAGACUAGAGGAAUGUUCUACGGGUCCCAAGGCAAUGUGGGAACCAUUCUUUGGAUGCACAGCUGCUUCAGUACUCUGUUACAAUGAAUCAGCACCAAGAGUUUCCAUCAAGGGAGGGGGGAGUGAGGGUCAGGUGGAGAUCUUGUAUGAUGGAGUAACUGGCUCUAUAUGUAACACAUACUGGUCUAAGUAUGAUGCUCGAGUCCUGUGUAAAUCCCAGGGCUAUGUGGAUGGGGAAGUACGAAGCCCCUCUCUUGCCGAGAGACAUGUAUUCUUGAGCAAAAUGAGGUGUGAUGGAACAGAAGAUUCAAUCUUUAGAUGUAAUAAUUCUGGUUGGGAUGUGUAUGAGACCACAAGGUGUGGAGGGUAUGCUACAGUGAUGUGCUAUAAAAACAUCAGAUUAACUGGUAGUUUGAACAGCAGAACCAAUGGGAUUGUAGAAAUUCUGUUACACAACACCUGGUAUGCUUUAUGUGGGUCAGGGUUCAAUGACGUCAAUGCCCAGGUUGUGUGUAAGGAAAUUGGAGGGUUCACCAAUGGCACGAAGUUACCCCCAGGGGCAUUUGGAAAGUACUAUGGGCAAACUGCCAUGCCAGACCUGAUAUGUAAAGGAAAUGAGACAAGUGUAAUGAACUGCAGUUUUGACCCACUUAAAAGCUGCAGUAAUCAACAUUAUGGCUAUGCAUCAGUUAGCUGUUUUAAUGGAAGUCUUGAAGAAGACCAGUAUAGUUUAAGAAAUGGGGAUUAUGGAGUUGUUCACAUCAAAAGAUAUGGUACUACAGGAGAAAUAUGUGAAGCUUUCUGGACUGACAAUAAUUCUGAUGUUUUAUGUCGCCAGCUCGGGUAUGCGGGAGGGAAAGCGGCAUUUUAUGGCAGAAUUAACAAAAAUAAGAAAAAUAUUGCCCCCAUUUUAGCCACCAGCUACGAGUGUAAUGGCUCAGAGACCAAGCUGUCCCAGUGUUUAGAAUUAAAUCCAUUCAUCUGCUACUCCUCACUUGCAGCAGGAGCCAUAUGUUACCAAUACUCAGCUCCUCGUGUAAAGUUACUGGAUGGUGGGGUGAACUUUGGUCGUGUUGUGAUAGAUGUCGAUGGAGUGGAGAGCACGGUUUGUGACACAACCUGGAGACAACCCGAGGCAAAUGUUGUCUGUAGGGAACUUGGAUUUGUCAGCGGAGAAAAAUAUGUUGCAGGUCCAGGUACUGGAGAUGUGAAGCUGUCUAAUGUCUGGUGUACAGGGGUGGAGAGUUCCCUCCUUGCCUGUGAGAGCAGUGGGUGGGGUAUGGUCACCAGUACAAGCUGUCUAAACCAUGAGAAUGAUGUAGGAGUGUACUGUUUUCAAAAUGUACGUGUAGUGGGAGGGGUUAAGAAUUCGGACUACAUGAUUGGUCGUAUAGAGAUCCGACAGGAAAGAGCUCGUGAACAAUGGAGAACUGUGUGUGCUGAUGGUAUUCACCAGUCAUCAGCUGAUGUCAUCUGUAGGGAGGUCAAAUACGACAGGGCCAUCAUUAUUGCUCCAAGUUUCUUUGGAUCUUUAGCUGUUAGCAAAGCUAAUAGAUAUAUUGCAGAUAUUAAGUGUAAGGGAAAUGAGACUAGUAUCAAAGACUGUAGAAUGACCACCGAGAGGAAUGGUACCUGUAGUAUAGCACAUUAUAACUACGCCAGUGUCCUGUGUGUCAAGAAUACCACCAAUGAACAAAGCUUUACAGUCAAACUGACCUCUGGUUACCAUGGUGCAGUGAUAAUAAAUCAGUACAACCAAGAUGGCACAAUUUGUGUUGAUGGCUGGGAUGAGAGAGAGGCUAACGUGACCUGUCGACAGUUUGGAUAUCUUGGGGGAGUGGUGCUGGGGCCACAGGAAGUGUUCACACGUAGAAAACCUGUCUGGUUCUCGGAGUUUAAUUGUACUGGAAAUGAGAAGAAACUGCAGGACUGUCCCAAAACAACCCGUGUCUCCCUACAGUGUGUGCGCUCUAUCAAGGAUGCUGGGGUCCUCUGCUAUAACAGCACAGGAGUUAAAGUAAGACUAGCAGGUCCAAAGGAUUACUAUGGAACUGUGGAAGUAAUCAAGGAUGGUCAGGUAGGAACAGUCUGUGACUAUGACUGGACAAAGAAUGACGCUCGAGUCCUGUGUCGACAGCUGAACUUCCCUGAUGGUCGGCCUUACAAGCGGUCUUACUAUGGAGCUGGGAAGGGCUCUGUGGUCCUGUCAGGGUUUUUCUGUGAUGGAAAAGAGGACCGCCUUCUGGACUGUCCUAGCCGGGGGUGGUACAAUGUCCAGGAUUACUGCAAGAUUCACCAGAACGAUGCCAGUGUCUACUGUUACAGGAAAGUGAACAAGUACCCAGAGAAUAAAGAUUAUGGAGCGGUGAGAGUAUGGAUGGAUGAUGUUGGUUCCUACAGCCUGGUAUGUGCUGAUGGCUUCACAGAUACGGAGGCUAAAACAGCCUGUAUGGACAUGGGAUAUGUGUAUGGCAAAAGUGUCUGCUGCUCGGCUUUCGGAGAUAUAGACGGAAAGAUCUGGAAAACUGAUGUAACCUGUCAACCUGGAGAUCAACAUCUGGAGAGCUGUAGCUCUACUGAUGGAGUAAACAGGUGCCCCAGCCAGCAGUAUGCUUCUGUUGUUUGUUCCAGUGGAGAACCACCAAUAGGCUACAAAGUUGAGCUGGAGAAGGGCCAUUAUGGGCGUGUGAAGAUGACCUACUUUAAUCAGACAGGAUAUGUUUGUUCUGAGGGAUUUGAUGCCGCAGAUGCUAAUGUUAUUUGCAAACAGAUUGGGUACUUGGGAGGCUUUGCUUACCAAGAACACAACCGUAACUACUGGACCAGUAGUCUAACUGAGCUGCGCUGGCUGAGGAACCUGACGUGUACAGGAGAUGAGGAUCGACUAGACGAGUGUGACAAUCUAGACAAGAAAUGGGGACAAAUACAGAACUGCUCCAUCAAAAGCUUUGCUGCAGCUUUCUGUUUUACUGAGAGUGAAAAACAAGGACCCCAAAUUAGAGUUGUUGGAAACAAGAGUGAAGGGGUGGUGGAGGUUUUCGUUAAUGGUACAUGGGGCUCAAUUUGUCAGCGGACCAUUACCAAUAAAGCAGCUGAUGUCAUCUGUCGACAGCUGAACUACACCUACGGAACUCAUAGCAGCAUUGCGGGAGUUCCCCCAAGUAAGGGCCCAGUUUUGAUUGAUCAGAUGUACUGUACAGGGGAGGAGAAGAGUAUAUAUGACUGUCGGAUUUCUAUCAAUACAGACCCUCUGUCACCCUGUCACCACCAUCAGUACGAUUUAGUCAUCAAGUGCUACUCUAACGUAAGGUUAGUAGACACUGACAUAACAAACUAUGGAAAGCUGCAAGUUCACAAUGAAACUGGUUGGUAUGCCGUCUGUGACACAAACUUUGAUGAUGUAGACGCCAGGGUAGCCUGUAGAUCUCUGGGAUAUGAGGAUGGGCGUGCCCAGCUCGGCUCAGCACUGGGGACCUGGAUUACCUCAUCUAACAAUGUGAUAGGAGUAACUGAUGUAAACUGUAAAGGAAAUGAGACAAUGUUUAGAUACUGUAACAUGGGCCACGGGAAAUGUCAGUCUGGUCAUUAUGUGACUCUGGCUUGUACCCAGAAAGCCAUAGACCAAUACAAGAUUGAUGUAGAGAUUCCUAUGACAAUACUGUAUGGUGACGUAGAGGUUAAACUCUAUGAUGUAAGGGGGUCUAUCUGUGACGACACCUGGAAUGAUGCAGCUGCCCGUGUGGUGUGUCGUGAGAAAGGAUUCGUUUCUGGGAAUGCCACUCGAGGCUCUGCUCGUCGUAACUUUCCUACCCUUGUCAGUGGUGUCAAUUGCACUGGGAAUGAGAGGGCUCUGAGGGAGUGUAAAAUGAAGCCUUUUAAUGAGACUAACACCUGCCAGGGAAGAUCCUCUAGGGCAGCGGUUAUCUGCUCUAAAAAACAAGAGGGAGUGAGAUUCCGCAUUGGUAAUGAAUACCAGGGCUCAGGAAGAGCAGAGGUGUACCUGAAUGGACAGUGGGGCACCAUCUGUAACAUAUACUGGGAGGAUGUGGAUGCCGGAGCAUUCUGUCGACAGUUACCAGACUAUGUAGGGGGGUUUGAAGCCAGUCCAGCUGUUUAUGGAGACCCAGCACAACCCAUCUGGAUGACAAGGGUGGAGUGUCGCGGGAAGGAAAUGAACUUCCUGGACUGUGAGGCAUCGUGGGAUCCCAUGAAGACUAGUCGCUGUAGCCAUAAUAAUGAUGCUGGGGUUAUGUGCUUCAAGUCUGUGCGCCUUAUGAGAGGAAAUUAUCGUAAUAAUGGUAUAGUGGAGGUGUAUGUAAAUGGACAGUGGGGAACCAUUUGCUCCUCAGGAUUUGGUGAAAAGGAAGCAGAUGUGGCCUGCAGAAUCCUAGGAUAUGAAAGAGGAACUCCCCUCUGCUGUUCUCCCUAUGGAUUUAGCUUUAAGAAUCCGAUCAUCCAUUCAUUCAGAUGUAAUGGAGAUGAGAGACACCUGACGGACUGUGAAAGUACUGCUGCCAUUGGCUCCAAUACCUGCUUCUCUCAAGACUAUGCCUCAGUAGCAUGUUAUAAUGAAUCCACAUUGAGUAAAGGAUACUCUAUUUCCUUGCCCACUGACUCCCCCUACACUGGUCAGGUCAAUCUGACAUACCUCGGUAUAGAGGGCAGGAUCUGUAAUGAUGGAUGGACAGAUUUGGAUGCGGGGGUGGCCUGUCGAGAACUGGGGUACCCCAAAGGGUUUGCCUACACCCAUUAUAAGAGUGAAGUGGAUUCCACUGGGCCAUACUGGUCGUCCAACUUUAACUGCACCGGAAAUGAGUCAAGUCUGAAGAGGUGUAAACAUAUAGGAUUUGGAAAUGUUACUGAGUGUAAAUCAAAGCAUUAUGCUGGAGUUCUCUGUGUGGAAGAUAAUGGCAUUAGCUACAGAAUGGAAGGUGGUGAUUUCCGUUACGGACGUGUAGAGGUUUUGAUGCAGGGUAAAUGGGGCACGAUUUGUGAUCGUUAUUGGGAUCAGAGAGACGCAGAGGUUUUCUGUCGGAUGUUCGGCUUCAGCACCGGAGAUGCUUACUACGACUCCUACAAGGACCAAGGGACAGGCAAAGUUUGGGGGACCAUGUUCCACUGUAAAGGGGAUGAGGACAAUCUUAAUAGCUGUCCUCACGAAGGCUGGAAAAUCACAGACUCCAUUUACUGUAGAACUCACAAAGACGAUGCUGGGGUUCAGUGCUACACCAAUGUGAAACUUUCCAAUGGCAUCCUGAAUCGAAACAGUCGAACUGGUGCAGUGAUGCUGUACCAGAACCAGAGCUGGUUAAGGGUGUGUGACACUGGUUUUAAUGACAAUGCAGCCAGAGUGGUGUGUAGAGAGCUGGGUUAUAAAGAUGGUCGAGCUAUUUGUUGUUCAGCGUAUGGAUCAGUCAGUCAGAAGUACAUCCAGAUGAAUUACACUUUACGCUGUAAUGGCAGAGAACGCAAUGUAAAUGAAUGUUUGCAGAAAGAGGAAUGUAAAACGGCCAGUUAUGCUUCAGUGGUCUGCUUUGGAACAAAAGAUGAAAUUAAGGAUGAUGAGUAUUCCUUCUCAGUAAGGACAGGGGGCAAUGGAAAUAAAGGUCAGGUGGUGGUCAGUCAUUACGGAGUGGACGGCCGGAUAUGUAGUCGUGAUUGGGAUGACGCUGAUGCACACGUCAUGUGUCGAAGUCUGAGCUACACAAAUGGAAUGGCUUAUUAUCAUGACGAGCUAUCCACCAUCAGCAGUCUACGAGGGCCUUACUGGUUGAGUGGAUUUAAUUGUACAGGCGAUGAAUCUUCCCUCCUGGAGUGUCCAAACAACACCAGAUUAAACCUAGGAAAUUGUUCUGGUUCACACAUUGCGUCAGUUCUGUGCUUUAAUGACACUGGAGAUUCUGCCAUCAAGUAUUACAUAGCAGGAGGAGUCCAUUAUGGCAGAGUAGAGGUGUCUAUAGAGAAGCAGAGAGGCACAAUCUGUGAUGCAUCCUGGGAUAAUAAAGAUGCUUCAGUUCUUUGUAGAGAGAAGGGAUUUAGUGAGGGAGUGGCAGUACCAGGGGCUGCUUAUGGCCAGGGAACAGGACCAAUAUGGCAGAGUCACAUACAGUGUGUAGGAAAUGAGCCGGGAUUGAGAUGGUGCCCGCAUCGUGGAUUUGUGGAUCGAUACUCGGACGCUAGCUGGCUCUUACCUCUAAUCUGUGAUUCUCAUAGAGAUGAUGCCUCAGUCUUCUGCUUCAAAAAUGUGAAAUUGAAUGAGGGCCAUGAUUCACCUAUGGGGGGUGUAGAGGUUUACAAUAAAGAGCAGAAGACAUGGUUUGGUAUCUGUGACACCGGCUUCAGUAAUGCUGCUGCCAAAGUUGUGUGUCGCAGUCUCGGUUUGGAUUACACAGAUGGAAGAGCAAUCAAUGGAUCUGCCUAUGGAAAUAUAUCUGGGGAGGUUCUCUACACCAAUGUCAAGUGUAGUGGACAGGAAACAGAUUUUACUCAGUGUAUCUAUGACUUCAACAAGACCAAAUGUGAGAGUGGAAUGUAUGCUUCUGUAAUGUGCAGCAAUAAAACUAUUGUUGAUACUGGUUUUGAUGUCCGAUUGGCCCCAGAUAGUUUAUCCAGUACUCUACAUGGUAUUGUGGAGAUCAGAGUAAAUGGAGUUUGGGGGCGUGUCUGUAUGAAUCACUGGGACGACAGAGAUGCUAAUGUGACAUGUAAAAAACUAGGAUACGCAGGAGGUGUGGCUUAUUUACACAUCAUGAAGAACCGUAAACCAAUAAUGAUGAACCAAGUACAUUGUAAAGGAAAUGAGACCAACUUAAUGGACUGUGAUCAUAGCCUUAAACCUGACCUUAAAAACUGUGCAUUUCACUCUAAUGAUGCUGGAAUCUUAUGUUACCAGUCUAAAGGUAUUCAGUACAAUCUUGUGGGAGGAGAAAGCAAUUCGACAGGUCGUGUGGAGCUGAGUUAUGAUGGUGUUGUUGGCACUGUCUGCGCUUGGUCCUGGAAGACUGCGGAUGCUAAAGUUCUUUGUCGACAACUUGGUUAUUCGGAUGGUAUUGUCAGUUACAACCACAACUCUCGACUGGUACCCACUAAGAGAUGGGUGACUGGGUACUUCUGUCAGGGGGAUGAGAAGACCCUAAUGACAUGUCUGAACACUGGAUUUAACUCCACGUUUUUAGAUGAUUUGUGUUUAUUCAAUGAACCAGGAGCAUAUGCAUCAUGUUAUAAUGAUGUUAUAGAGCCAAAGAAGAUUCGUCUGGUGAAUGGAAAUAGCAAUUACACAGGUCGACUGGAGGUGUUCAUUCAGGGCCCAAACCAAUGGGGUACAAUUUGUGAUGACUUCUGGGAUGAGACAGCUGCUAAAGUUGUCUGUCGACAGAUGGGACUCACGGGGGGAAAACCAAUUAAAGAGGCCCAUUUUGGAAGAGGAAGUGGUCCUAUCUGGUUUGAUAAUGUGAAAUGUUUUGGCAAUGAGACCCAUAUCUGGGAUUGUAGUAAUAGAGGUAUUGGUACCCAUAACUGUAACCACACGGAGGAUGUGGGUGUCAAGUGUGAGGGUCCUAUAAUACCAACGACAUCAACCACAACUAUUUCUACAACAAUAUCAACGACCACUGUACCCAUAACAACAAGUAAAACAAAGACCACAACAACAACAACAACAACAGAACCAACAACAUUGAAAUCAACAACAAUAAAACCAACAACAUUAAAACCAACAACAUUGAAACCAACGACAUUGAAACCAACAACAACCGUAAAACCAACAACAAAAACAACCACAACUCUAAAACCAACUCCUAAACCUACCACAAAGAGACCAACAACAUCAACUCAAAAAACAACAACCAUUGAAUUAACGUCUCCAACAAAAGGAGAGUCAGGAAUAAAUGCUACAUUGGUGCCUCCUAAACAACAACAGGAGAGUUCCACAUCGCUGGGUGUGAUCAUUGCUGUCCCUGUUGUUAUUUUCUUUGUCAUUUUGGCAGUCAUCAUUCUUGUGUUUGUGUUCAAAGUCCGCAAAUUCCAUAAAAGAGACACUAUUCCACAUGAACGUUUUCACGAUGAUAUCAUUGAACACAAUAGUGAUGGCAGCAUUGCUGUCAGUAAUCAGUUAUAUGACAUGACAAUGCAGCCAACAGGCACUGCCAAUGGAAGUGCUGGCGACAAUCUGCAGCUGACCAAAAAUGGCAGCGCAUACUAUUCCAAGCCAUUGACCAAUGGCAGAAAUGAAACUAAAAACUCCUUUGCCAAUCCUUUGUAUGGGCAACAAAAUGCAAGCACUGUGAUUGACAGUAAUGAAGCUUUACCAGACCAAGAUGAAAUUCGUUUUCCUAUAGAUGAUUCAGUGUCCAAAGCUUGAUUUUAAGCUUUAAGUGUUAGAUUACAGUAUGCUUCUAAAAUCAUUUAAUAUCAGAAUUAAAAUAUAAUGCAUAUGGUGAAUAGUUUACAGAACACUGGGAAACUUUUUUUGCCUAAUUAUGAAAGCAUUGUUUAACCAUUCUUUUGCCUACUUAUAGACAGCAUUGUAUCUCAAUCACACACUGUACAUGUACUUAAUGAGCAACCUCAAAAACUGAAAUAAUAUUUAUUAAGGUCCAUUCCAUGAGAAAAUAGCGAACUUGCUAAAUGCACAGUCAUGUGAAGUUCACUUUAUGGAAAAAGCAUAAUUGUCAAAUGUAUUGGAACAGAAAUUGAGUGGUUGACUUGUUUACCUAGAUAAAUAUAGAUGGUUUUGAAUAAUUCAUGUUUUUAUUUUUAAAUUAAUGGCUACUAGAUUAAAUUGAGUAUUAGAUAUAAGGACAUUUACUUCAAAUUCCAUCUCCAGGGAUAUUUUGCAAAUUUAUGUUAUUGGUGUGUGGAGCAAUUUUUAGCAAGAAGUGUAAAAUUUUCAGCUUUUUAUAAAAACCAAAUUCAUCCUAGUUGGUAGUAUUUUAAUGUCUUAAUUGAUAGAACAUUAAAAAUUAAAUCACCACACAUGAUCACUGAUAAUUCUGAUACCAAUGAUUUCUGUAUACAUCCAGCAUUGAUUUCUUUUUCAAUAUAUCAAUCAUAUAUUUCUAUGCCUUGUCAAUUGUUUUUGUAAUGAAUGUGUUGACAUAAGAUUGAAAAGUUCCUGAUCUUUCUGUGGUGAUGUGUUGACUGUUAAUUUAUCCUUUGUUUACAAAUAUGUGUUCAUAUACAAUUACUGAAUAUUCUAGUCUCAGUUGGUAUGCAACAUGAACUUUACCUGUAAUUGUUUUCAAAGAAUUAAACAUAGCCCUUG